AAGUACUUACUUCAUUUCUAGAUCUUGAAUUAAAAAUAACUAACGUCGUCGUGAGAAUAACUGUUAAAAUCUUGCAUGAGUUUCUUGCAACUGUCUUUGUAAAAAUCUUGCAGUGUUGUCGUGAGAAAAUUUCACUGUUUCAAGAUCAG